UCUGGCUCGAUCUGGGACCCAAGAGAGGUGCCGUAGAAGGAGGGGAAGAAACGGAGAAGGGAAGAGGAGAAGAAGUGAAGUGGAGAUAGGGAGGAGCCAAUGAAGGUCCGAAGCGGCGGUGGCUGCGGCGAGAGCAGAGUCUCGGCGAGAUUGAUCGUUGUUGCCUUCGUCGUCGGCUUCGGCAUUGGAGUGCUGUUCUCGGACAGGUUCUGGACCGCCGCAGACUCAAAUGGCCAUGUUAUCUCGGGGCCGUGGCAGGAGCAAGAGCUUGAGGUCAUCUCGGGUGACUGCACCACCAAAAAGAAGCCUGUCCCGGAUAACGAUACAAUGGGAGACGUGACCAAGGCCCAUGAAGCUAUACAGUCUCUGGACAAAACAAUAGCUACACUCCAGAUGGAGCUCACAGCCACACGGAGCUCUAAAGAGUUGAUGGGAUCGGAUGGUUUCCAGUCAAUGCCUUCAUCCAACCAGCAGAAGAAGAAGGCUUUCGUCGUGAUCGGGAUAAACACUGCAUUUAGCAGCAGGAAGAGGCGGGACUCGGUCAGAGCCACCUGGAUGCCUCAAGGUGAAAAGCUCCAAAAACUAGAACGUGAGAAAGGACUUGUCAUCCGAUUCAUGAUUGGUCACAGUGCGACAUCCGAUAGCAUUCUUGAUCAAGCUAUUGAUGCAGAAGAGGCUCAGCAUAACGAUUUUCUAAGGCUGGAUCAUGUUGAAGGUUAUCACAAACUAUCUGCAAAAACAAAAAUAUAUUUCGCUACUGCAGUUGCCAAAUGGGAUGCUGACUUUUAUGUCAAGGUGGAUGAUGAUGUCCAUGUUAAUCUAGGUAUGCUUGCUGGGACACUCGCCCGUUACAGAUCAAAGCCCAGGACCUACAUUGGGUGUAUGAAGUCCGGCCCAGUUCUUUCUCAGAAGGAUGUGAAGUAUCAUGAACCUGAAUACUGGAAAUUUGGAGAGGACGGAAACAAAUACUUCCGUCAUGCAACUGGGCAGAUCUAUGCCGUCUCGAAAGAUCUAGCCACAUACAUUUCCAUCAACCAGCCUAUACUGCACAAAUAUGCUAAUGAAGAUGUAUCACUUGGCGCUUGGCUUAUUGGCCUUGAAGUGGAGCACAUAGAUGAGCGUAACAUGUGCUGUGGAACUCCACCAGACUGUGAGUGGAAGGCCCAGGCAGGGAAUGUCUGCAUUGCAUCCUUCGAUUGGAGUUGCAGCGGGAUCUGCGAAUCGGAUGAGAGGAUGAUGGAAGUUCAUAAAAAAUGCAGUGAGGGAGAUGAUGGCCUUUGGCGUGCUCUCUUGUGAUAGAUUUUCUCCUAGUUAAUGAAUAUCAGAUUCUAUCCGGUCAUCUCUCUUUUUUCCUCAAAAAGAGAAGAGAAGAAAAAGGUCAUCAUUCCACCACUAGACCAGAUCAAUGUACCUUACCUUUAGCAAAAUUAUAAUUGAGAUACAUUGUAAUUGAAUCCUUUACUGUACACUAGGUUGUUACUAAAAAUCUUGAUAAAAGAAAAAUUGGGAAG